AUUUUACUAUUUUGCUCUGAUAGUUUUAUUAUUUUCGGCAGACUUUCUGUUUCAUUUUUAUUUUUGAAUUCAGCAGUUCAUUAUCGCUUGUAAGAUGGACCCCAUUUCAGUUUUACAAAGUAGAAUUGAACAAUUAGAAGCUAAAUUGGGUUUAGCUUCGAGCGUUCAAGUGGAUGGCCAACAAGGGGAUACUGUUUCGUCGAAUCUAUUGAAUGCGUCUCAAGCAAUCAACAAUGUGACUGCGGCUCACGAAAAGCUACCCGAGGCAAUGCAGCGGGCUUCGGAACUAAACAAUUACACUGAUCCUAACUUACUUGAGAAUAUACAGCAGAAUGAAAUGCACAUGAGAGAAGUAGUGGCUGCCGAGCCGGUCAUCAAGCACCACUGCCACUGCAUGCAUCGUUGCAAACAGGCUGCUCCCGUUAUGGAAUCUGAAGCCAUACAGCAGGUGCCACAAAUGCAGGCUGCCGUGGAUCAAAUGCAUGCAGCAGCUGCCGAAGUGAAGGCUGAAGCUGAUGUGGUUUCUCAUGGGAUUCAAGAGUUGGCUGAGACCUGCGGUACUGCUGCAUCGAAUGCUUCAGAACAACUUGCUAAUGUCGCCCAAAAGGUAGAGCAAGUGGAAGAAAAAGUGUUUCCCCGAAGGCGAAAUGGACUGGAUUAAUAAUGUGGAUCUCUGAACUCUCUGGUGCUUAACAAAUAGAUUUUCUAUUGUUGUCUAUAAUGACAUAUUUAUUCUAAAUUAUUUUGUGUAUCAGUAAUGGUUGUAUGAUUUGCUGUGUUCAUAAUAAUAAAAUAUUAAAUUGAAAGUGUUAUGUAUGUAA